GGACAGAGUCAAAGAGAAGCAACUAUGGCAACACCAGCGAUUGAGGCUUGAAGAGGGAGACGAGCUAAAAAAGGUGAGGUUUUUCUCAUGGAAGAAUAUCCAGUUAUUUCAUGAUGGCAUUUGCACCUCCAAAAUGCACAGAUGGUCCCAAGAUGCAGACAAAGAUGAGUACCUGGACACCCCUAAACCAUCAGCAUUUGAAUGACCAGGUAUUUGAAGAAAGAAGAGCUCUGCUUGGAAAAUGGUUUGACAAAUGGACAGACUCUCAAAGGAGAAGAAUCCUGACAGGCCUGUUAGAACGCUGCUCCCUGUCACAGCAAAAGUUCUGCUGUCGAAAGCUUCAGGAAAAAAUUCCAGCAGAAGCUUUGGAUUUUACUACCAAGCUUCCAAGGGUGUUAUCUUUAUAUAUCUUUUCUUUCUUGGACCCCCGAAGCCUUUGUCGUUGUGCACAGGUGAGCUGGCAUUGGAAGAACUUAACUGAGCUGGAUCAGCUCUGGAUGCUCAAAUGUUUACGGUUUAACUGGUACAUCAAUUUCUCUCCAACUCCCUUUGAACAGGGUGUAUGGAAGAAGCACUAUAUUCAAAUGGUGAAAGAACUUCAUGUUACCAAGCCUAAGACACCUCCAAAAGACGGCUUUGUGAUUGCUGAUGUGCAGCCAGUUACAAGCAGUUCUCCAGAGGAAAAGCAGUCUGCUUCAUCAGCUUUCCCGCCCUCGUCCUCUCUAAGAAAGAAGAAUCAGCCAGGGGAGAAAGAACUCCCACCCUGGCGAUCCUCCGACAAGCACCCAACUGAUAUCAUUCGCUUCAAUUACCUGGACAACUGUGACCCCAUCGAGCAAAUCUGGCAAGGAAGAAGGAAAAAACACGAAAUGACCCCAGAUUUCAGCCGACACUCACAUGAUAAGAAAAAUAAAUUGCAGGACAAAUCCAAGCUCAGAAAAGCACAGUCACUGAUAUCCCUAAGUACAGAGCCCAGCUCCCCUCUACCAGUUCCAGCUCAUUUGGCCUGGCCUCCUCGUCAGUUAGUGGGGCUCCCGGCCACCGAAGCAGCAACAAAAAUUCUCAUGCAGCAUCUUCAGAGACGCUCUGGCUUCCAGUCGUUACCCAUCCAGGCUCCAGAUCCAAAGCCAAUUUAAAAAUGUGAAAAGCUUUUUAUAGAGAUGACAAGAUGCUCUACAUGUUGGAGAGUUGGAUGUUACUUGGCUCCUCUAUUAGAAACUUCCAGUUUAGGUACCUUAUUGCGAACGUGAGUUC